AUGGAAAAUAUUAAAAACUCGGAAUGGAUUUUAUUAGUGCUUCUUAUGCUUUACAUUGUGAUGGCUCCUGGGACUAAAGUUGAAGAAAGUUUUAAUGUGCAAGCAAUUCACGAUUUACUGUACCAUCGUCUUAACAUUUCAGCGUAUGAUCACCAUGAAUUCCCUGGCGUCGUUCCACGGACUUUUAUUGGUCCCUUAGCUCUCAGCUUUGUCCUUCUUCCAUUUAUAGACAUAUGCAACCACUUUAAUGUUUCGAAAUUAUGGGUUUUGUUUACAGUCGAUACGGGUAUCCCUGGCCGAGAUCUUUGCCUGGAGUACUGUUUCCAGUAUGGUUUAAAUCAGUUAAGAUUAUUGCUUUCUGGUUUAGAAUUUUUAAGUGGUUCUGGCUAA